CUCACUUUCCUCUACUCAGUCUCUAGAGCGAAAACAGAGCAAAAAACAGAGCAUCUCCUUCUCCGAUACUUUUUCAUCAUUCAAUGAUGUCAGAUUUUUCCUGAAUCUCUCCAUCUUUUUGACUUUCUGCUCCUCACUUCUAUAUAUCGUCUGUUAUUUCUCAAAUCAGAGAGAAUGAGUAUGGAUUAUAGUAUGUUUUCUCCGGUCAAAUAUACAGAGCACAGAAACGUUGUGAAACAGUUUCUCAGUAAACCCAAUCACAAGUUUCACGAUGGUCGCCGGACGGUACGGAUAUCGGUUACCGACCCGGACGCUACCGAUUCCUCCGGCGGGGAAGAGGAGGAGUCCGUCGGACGGCAGCGCGUGAAGAGGUAUAUUCACGAGAUUCGGCUUGAUCGCGGGCCGGGAUCCGUUUCCGACGCGGUAAAUGUGAAAAGCGGGAAGAGGAGGGCGGCGGAGCCACUUCAGGUGAGGCAGAAGGCGAUGAAGAGUAAGGAUGGUCCGGGCUCUUUGGACUCCGCCGGCGGGAUUAGGAAGUUCCGGGGUGUACGGCAACGCCCUUGGGGGAAAUGGGCCGCCGAGAUCCGAGACCCGACUAAACGGGUCAGGCUUUGGUUGGGGACUUAUGAUACGGCGGAGGAGGCGGCCAUGGUUUAUGAUAAUGCCGCCAUUAAGCUCCGUGGGCCAGAUGCGUUGACCAACUUCGCCAAUCCUCCGGCGAAGGGAGCGGUGGAAGUUAACGCGACUUCGAACUCCGGCUAUGACUCCGGCGAUGAGUCAAGAAACGUUUCGUCUCCGACGUCAGUUCUCCGAUUCAGAACUGCCCAGUCAAGCGAGGAAUCUGAACAGCCAAACGUUUCAUCUCCGAUGUAUUUGCAGAAGCCUCCGCCGCCGAUUCAGGAAUGUCACGGAGAAACCAACGUAUUAACGGAUUAUUCUGAGUAUUUGCCGUCGGAUAUUCCGUUCAUCGACAACUUCUUCGAUACCCAACAUUUGGAGCAGAUGUUAUUCGACGAUACUCCAUCGGAUUUGGUCCCGCCGUUUGACGAUUUCUCCCUGAAUGCAUUCGCCAAUGAAUUCUUUAGCGGCGAUUUCGAGGUGUUUAAUGAAUCAUUUCAGGACCUUGGAACCCUGGGCGUCGACGAUUAUUUCCAAGACUGCGGUGAUUUUUCCGGUGCUGAUUCGUUUUUAGCAGUACAGUAGAUUGUGUCUAAGCCGCCGGUUUGUCAGUUUGCCGGCAGUUUUCACCGGCGGCGACGUUUUUUAGCGUCUAGAGUUUGUUGUACGAUGUACUUUAUCACCUCCGUUAAAAUAGACGGAAGUCGAGUCCAAUCUGUUUUUUUGUACGGAAUAUAAAACAAAUUUGGGGUCUUUAAUUAUGAUUUGUUUCUCUAUUUCAUUCGGAAUACUAUCACUAAUUAGAAUUUGGUUUAGUUGCGCAAAA